AUGAAGUAUGAAACGUCACUGAGCGAGGUCGAAAUCCGCGGGAUGGCCAGCACAACAUACACUGCCAAAGAUCUCUCAGCUAGUAUAGCGUCUGGAUCUUUUCAGCACGACGGCAUGAUCAUCGUGCCAUGCAGUAUGAAAACUCUGGCUGCGAUACGCUCCGGCUUCUGCGAUGAUCUGAUUUCCCGAGCCGCCGAUGUCAGUCUCAAGGAAAAUCGCAGGCUAAUCCUAGCGGUUCGGGAGACUCCUCUCAGCGACAUACACCUUGACAACAUGUUAUUCUUGCGACGCGCUGGUGCCGUCAUCUUCCCGCCAGUCCCGGCUUUCUACACGAGACCUAAAGGGAUCCAAGAUCUCAUUGAUCAGACGGCUGGGAGAAUGUUGGACUCUCUGGGCAUUUUCACCGAAGGAUUCUCGCGUUGGGAAGGAUUCCAGAAGAGUUCAUCACGGGCGCGUCCGGUACUGAGAGGUGUAGCAGAGGCUCAAUAA